CUCUAACAAAAAAAUAUUCUGAAAAAGUGGUGCCAUCGAUUUUUUGCCUCCACAAAAUGGUAGGAUUUCACGCCUUUUCAGAAGUGAUUAAAGAAUAUUCUUGACUUUAUUCCCAGUGUUGAAGUUCAAUGAACACAGCAAUGGCAGGUGCUCAGCAGGUCUUCGAGACACAGCCCCAGCAGGCCAAGUUUGUCUACAUAUCAGAUCGCCAUCCCAAAGACACUCUUGAAAUGACGAACAUUCUUCGCAAGCAGCGAGAACUCUGUGAUGUCGUCAUCAAUGUCAACGACAAAAAGAUAUACGCACACAGGAUAAUCCUGUCGGCCUGCAGCCCUUACUUCCGAGCCAUGUUCACCGGGGAGCUUGCCGAGAGCCGACAGACCGAGGUGGCUAUCAGGGAUAUCGAUGAGCGUGCAAUGGAAGCGUUGGUGGACUUUGCCUACACGUCCACAGUGACUGUCGAAGAGAGCAAUGUACAGACUCUGCUUCCUGCGGCUUGUCUUCUUCAGCUGUCUGAAAUCCAGGAAGCCUGUUGCGAGUUUCUUAAAAGGCAGCUUGACCCUUCAAACUGCCUUGGAAUCAGGGCGUUCGCAGACACUCAUGCAUGCAGAGAUUUGCUCAGAGUUGCUGACAAGUUCACCCAACAUAAAUUUUUGCAGGUCAUGGAAAGUGAGGAGUUUAUGCUUCUUCCAGUCAAUCAACUCAUGGAGAUCAUCUCAAGUGAUGAAUUGAAUGUACACAGUGAAGAACAGGUUUAUAAUGCAAUCAUCUCAUGGGUUAAAUACAACAUUCCAGAAAGACGAACCCAUUUAGCAGAGGUGUUACAACACGUGAGACUCCCUUUAUUAAAUCCCAAGUUCCUAGUAGGAACCGUUAGCUCUGAUCUUCUGAUUCGGAGUGAUGAAGCCUGUAGGGACCUGGUCGACGAGGCCAAGAACUACUUGCUCCUACCCCAGGAGAGACCACUAAUGCAAGGUCCAAGGACCAGGCCUAGAAAACCUAUCAGAUGUGGAGAAGUACUCUUCGCAGUUGGAGGGUGGUGCAGCGGUGAUGCUAUCUCCAGCGUGGAAAGGUUUGAUCCUCAAAGCGGUGAAUGGAGAAUGGUGGCACCGAUGUGUAAGAGACGCUGUGGGGUAGGCAUCGCUGUCUUAGAUGAUCUACUUUAUGCUGUCGGAGGUCACGACGGGUCAUCGUAUCUCAAUAGUAUAGAAAGAUAUGACCCACAGACAAACCAAUGGAGCAGUGAUGUAGCGCCAACUAGCACUUGUAGGACGAGCGUGGGCGUGGCAGUCUUAGAUGGUUACAUGUAUGCAGUCGGAGGUCAAGAUGGUGUCUCGUGUCUAAAUAUUGUAGAAAGGUAUGAACCCCAUGCGAAUCGAUGGACAAGAGUAGCUUCAAUGAGUACCAGGAGACUAGGUGUGGCUGUAGCUGUCCUUGGCGGCUUCCUCUAUGCCGUAGGAGGAUCAGAUGGCACAUCGCCUCUCAAUACAGUUGAAAAGUACGAUCCUCGAACCAACAAGUGGACCCCAGUGGCCCCCAUGGGUACGAAGCGAAAGCACCUGGGAUGCGCAGUCUACAAUGAUAUGCUGUAUGCCGUGGGCGGGAGAGACGAACAGACUGAGUUGAGCAGUGCGGAGAGAUAUGAUCCUGUGACGAAUACAUGGAAGCCUAUAGUGGCUAUGAACUCGAGGAGGAGCGGGGUUGGUCUGGCGGUAGUGAACGGUAGGCUGAUGGCUGUGGGCGGGUUUGACGGGACCACGUACCUCAAGACAGUCGAAGUCUACGACCCGGACACCAAGUCGUGGCGUAUGUGCGGUAGCAUGAACUAUCGUCGAUUAGGCGGCGGCGUCGGGGUCGUCAAACUUCCCCAAUCGGAAUCCAACGUAUGGUAGCACCGAAACUCCUUGUGAUCUUGUUUUCUAUCCAAACGUGUGUUAUGUAGGUAAAAUCUGUGAACGUUAGCGCAGUAUUACAGGUCAUAAGAAUCUCAGAAAGCGUCUACCUGGAAGCAAAUUUCUUGCAACGGCCUGGAGGAUUUUUUUGCCCGAGGUCCUUCCAUCAUUACUCUGAAACGAGGGAGGAACAUUUGUGAAACAAACUAUCAAUUGCAAAUUUCUUAUUAAUUGCAAGACAUGUGAUUGAUUUAGGGACCUAAAAUUGACUUACGAUUUCAUGCAUUGCUCCUACGUAUAGUUGAUACGGAUUUUCAGUUGUUACACUGGUGCAAGGAGGGAACACAACUAUUGAUUCCAAAAUUCUUAUUGGUUGCAAGUCCUGUGAUUAAUAUUAGGAUUAAAGUUAUUGAUUGCAAGUUUCAUGUAAUCCCCCGACAAUAGUAUGACUAUUCCAUCCAUCAUUACACGAGAGCAAGGAGGGAAACAUAUGGAACGAACAGCAUGCUUUUAAGAAGCCAGUGGCGUAUAGUCCUGCAGUGUAGUUGUUUUCCAACCAGUCAAGUUUGAAGAUCUUGUGGAUAACAGGUUAAUAUAUGUAGAAGCACAUGCGUGUUUAUGUACCUCCCCAAACUUGUAAAGGUACCAACAUUUAUUUUCCAUGUACAGGGUUUAUCGAUAAAAAGGAAACCCAACCUUCAUGAUUGAUAGUGACCAAAUUAUCAAAUUGAUGAUUAUGAAAACUUAUAUGUAAUCGUGGAGAAGUGUGACGUAUCAGCAUUCAAAUGACACCAGAAUUAGGUUUCUUUGGAUGUGUAGCACUGAGCACUAUCGUUAAAAAAAGUAGUGCAAAAUAGCAGAUGGUUAACUUUAACUGCACAUUGAACAAGUUUAUUGUGAGCAUUCAUUGAUGCAUGGCUCUAGAAGCGUCAUGCACUUUAGGAAACAGGAUUUUUAUUAUCAUUUACUUUUUUUAUAUUUCUCAGGAAAAGAUAUGAAAGUUGGGUUUCCUUUUUUCUGUUUCACCCAAUAGAGUAGCAGCUAGCAUUCUUUGGCUCACUUUAACAUUUUAAAAGCACAGAAUUCUUUUUUUGACACUUGAAAAGCACACAACAAUAUAGGUUCUCUGAACCAUAUGUAUCUGUUCUUAGGUUUUUGUCUCACCUGCAUAGCAGAGUGAGACUAUAGGCGCCGCUUUUCCGACGGCGACGGCGGCGGCGGCGGCGGCGGCGGCGGCGGCGGCGGCGGCGACGGCGGCGUCAACACCAAAUCUUAACCUGAGGUUAAGUUUUUGAAAUGACAGCAUAACUUAGAAAGUAUAUGGACCUAGUUCAUGAAACUUGGCCAUAAGGUUAAUCAAGUAUUACUGAACAUCCUGCCUGAGUUUCAUGUCACAUGACCAAGGUCAAAGGUCAUUUAGGGUCAAUGAACUUAGACCAUGUUGGGGGAAUCAACAUCAAAAUCUUAACCUAAGGUUAAGUUUUUGAAAUGUCAUCAUAACUUAGAAAAUAUAUGGACCUAGUUCAUGAAACUUAUACAUAAGGUUAAUCAAGUAUCACUGAACAUCCUGCAUGAGUUUCACAUCACAUGACCAAGGUCAAAGGUCAUUUAGGGUCAAUGAACUUUGGCCAAAUUGGGGUAUUUGUUGAAUUACAGCCAUAAAUUUGAAAGUGUGUUGGUCUAGUUCAUAAAACUUGGACAUAAUAGUAAUCAAGUAUCACUGAACAUCCUGUGCGAGUUUCAGGUCACAUGAUCAAGGUCAAAGGUCAUGUAAGGUCAAAGAACUUUGGCCACGUUGGGGGUAUUUGUUGAAUUGCCAUCAUAUCUCUAUAAGUGUAUUGGUCUAGUUCAUAAAACGUGGAAAUAAGAGUAACCAAGUAUCACUGAACAUCUUGUGCGAGUUAUAGUAGUUUUCAAAAUCAGCACUGCUGCUAUAUUGAAUCGCGUGAUGCAGGUGAGACGGCCAGAGGCAUUCCACUUGUUGAGUGUUGGAAUUAGACUGAUAGUUCUAGCUGGUACUGUAUCAUUAACAUCAAAAUGAACAUACUGUAGAUUUAAAAAAAAACUUCAGAAAGUAUUAGUUUUUAUGGAGAAAGAGAAUAAAAAAACUGUACAUUGCAAGCCAUGUACAUACAUGUAGAAAAGAAAGAGGAAUUUAUGUGUAAAUAUUGUGAAUAGAUCACUGGAAAAUUACAUGUAUUCAUUAUCUUCGUAUCAAAGAGGAAAACAAAAACAGAAAUUUGUACCGAAAGCAGUAUAUUUUUUUUUCUACAAACCAUGGACAAUCUUAUUAGAUAAGUGGUGAAAUAUUGCAAUUUUUCGUAAUUGGAUGUGGAUAACAAUUCUGUAUUUUUUAUUUGUUCUUGCUUUCUAUCUCUUCCAUGCUCUUUUAUUUGUUAAGAUUCCUCUUUACUAAAAGUCCCAGUAAAGAAUGUUCAAUUUAUUUCAUAGACGUAGCCAUGCCAAAUGACAAAAUAUAUUUCCUUUGCUUUCAAUGAACCAAUUAUUCAAACUCAUUACAUGAAGUUAAUGUUCCUGCAUGUCUGAGAAAAAUCACCCAAAACUCUCAAUAGAAUCUAAAAUCACCCAAAACUCUCAAAAGAAUUUGCAAUUUUCUUUGGCAAUGUACAAUUAAGUAGCAUAAACAUUUUUCCCAUAUCUUUGUGAUGGAACCUGUUUCUAAUGAAUUGGGUUUCCACUGGAGUUUACUACUGAAGAAGUAUGCUUUUUUGCUUUUACCCCUCAGACCUGCAAUGAAGCACAAAUCUCUGUUAUGAUCAUUAAGGAUUUAGACUUGCUUAGUAUGAUGCACACAAUGUACUCAUUUGUUAAGAACAUGUUCGUUUUUGUGCAAUAACACUAAUCUUAGUACACCCUUCUUUCACCAUUUA